UUACGUGCAAAAUUUGGGCCAGAUACAGUCCUUAUCCUUGGUAAUUGGACCCCAGGCAUGACCCGUUACCAUGAGCCAAUCCGUGGCAAGGGGCUGCGGAAAAUGCCAAUAGGUCAGGGAUUCACUGUUUAUUUGAUCGACAAGGAUUGUACUUCA